CCUCGUUCAACCAUCACUUCUUCUCAACAACAAGAACAACAACAACAACAACAACAAAGAGAACCUCUUUCCCGGUGGAGUCUGCGGUUAGCGAGCGGUGGCGUCGGAGGCGGUGAUUCCCCGACAUGGGGCCGGCUUUGUUUGCUUGCUUGCAGCACUUGCGGUGAAAUCUCUGCUCUUCAUCGCUCUAUCAAGACUGAAAAUAGUCUAACAUAACUUAAUUUUUUACCAUUAACUCACUGCUACUCAAUAGAUCACAACAGAUGAGUCACAAUUGAAGUCUCCGAUCUCACUGAUUCCGGCCCCCCUCUCUCCAACUCUUCCUUCAAGACUCCCCGACAAACCCGCUCCUCGCAACCUCACAUCAACUUCAACCCGACAAAAACCCCCAACCAAACCACCAGGUCCCUCCACCAGAAUGGGCGACUAUUCGUACUCGGAGCCCGUCCGCUCUCCCUCGCCCAGCGGCCACCACGGACGGGAAAGCCAUGACCCUUACAAGCGCAAAUUCCCCGAAGACGAAGCCGCCUCGACGACAACGACGGCAGAUCAACAAUACCGACCCAUCUCCAAACGCAAGCGCGUGGAGGAGCGCCACCAGAAACUCCGCAAGCGCGGUCGCACCCCUCCGUCGGCCUACUCGCGUCGCGACCGGGACGACGAGGGCCCCAACCGCAACGCGCAGAACCGAUCCCCUUCACCGCCCAUGCCGCCGCGGUCGCCGACCCCGGAAGCCCAGUCACGCCCGCGCAAGCGGCCCGGCGGCGGCGCGCGGAUGGGCCUGGUGGACCGGGAAACCCUCCGGCGGCGACAGGAGGAGCGCGAGCGCACGGAGCAGGAGGAGGCGAUCCGCAACUCGCAGAUCCGGGGCGUGACGGACCUCGUGCGGCAGCAUUACAACGCCGUGCCGCAGCGGGGCCGCGAGUGGCGCAAGACGGAGAGCAAGAUCAAGGGCCUGCGCAGCUUCAACAACUGGGUCAAGAGCACGCUCAUCCAGAAGUUCUCGCCGGAUGAGGAGUUUGUGUCCCGCGCCAUCGGGACCAAGGACUGGGCCGACGGCACGGGCCCGCCGCCCGUCGAGCAGAAAAAGCUCCUGGUGAUCGACCUGGGCUGCGGCAAGGGCGGCGAUCUGGGCAAGUGGCAGCUGGCGCCGCAGCCGGUGGAUCUGUACGUGGGCCUGGAUCCGGCCGAGGUCUCCAUCGUGCAGGCGCGCGAGCGAUACAGUCAGAUGCGGUCGGGACGCGGAGGUCCGCGCGGUGGUCGCGGGGGCGGUGGUGGUGGCGGCCGGGGCCCGAGUUUCCAUGCGGAGUUCGCGCCGAAGGACUGCUUUGGCGAGUGGCUGGGGGAUAUCGACAUUGUACAGCGGGUGGGAAUUGAUCCGAAUGCGGGACCCGGGGGUUCGGUGAUGAGCUCGCGCUGGGGCGGAGGGGGCUUCGACGUGGUCGCUUCGAUGUUCGCGAUCCACUAUGCGUUUGAGAGCGAGGAGAAGGCCCGGCAGAUGCUGCGCAAUGUGGCCGGCUGUCUGAAGAAGGGCGGCCGAUUCCUGGGUGUCUGCCCGAACUCCGAUGUGAUCAGCGCCAAGGUGGCCGAGUGCCAUGCGAAGCGCAAGGCGCGCGAGGAGGCGGCAGCGUCGAAGAACGAAGAAGUCGAGCCCGAGGACGGAGAAGUGGAGGAGGACACCACCAAGGUCGAAUGGGGCAACUCCAUCUACCGCGUGCGGUUCCCCGGCGAUACGCCCGAAGAUGGCAUCUUCCGGCCGCCGUUCGGCUGGAGGUACAACUACUUCAUGCAGGAGGCUGUGGAGGAGGUGCCGGAAUACGUGGUGCCGUGGGAAGCAUUCCGAGCAUUGACGGAGGAGUACAACCUGGAGCUGCAGUAUCGCAAGCCGUUCCUGGAAGUGUGGCGCGACGAGAAGGACGAUGCCGAGCUGGGGCCUCUGAGUGAGCGCAUGGGCGUGCGUGAUCGCAAUACCGGGCAACUCAGCAUGACGGCGGAGGAGCAGGAGGCAGUCAGUUUCUACCACGCCUUCUGUUUCUACAAGGUCUAAUUGGAUGAUGGGUUCAGCUCUAGCUUGGUACUUCGCUAUCACUAUCUACAUUGCAGGCAAUAAGAAUAGCUACAGUGCACUCAAUCCAAUGCAUGUAGUCUUC